AUGCCUGAAGAAGUGUCUAGCCAGCCCAAAUCGCAGAAAAAAGCAACAACCUCGAAAGCCAAAUCGAAAACUCCUCUCUCAGAUUCCACCAAUAUCUCAUCGAUGCUAUCCAAGUCCACAGCAGGCUCUAGCCAAUCCCGUGCAUCUGAGCAGUAUCAAAGAUUAUCACAGUUGGAACAUAUUUUAAAGAGACCAGAUACAUAUAUCGGAUCGGUUGAAAAAUCGCCCAUUGAAAUGUGGUGUUUCGAUGCAGCUACUGAGCAGAUGGUAUUUAAAGAGGUGACUAUAGUGCCUGGGUUGUACAAAAUCUUUGAUGAAAUCUUGGUCAAUGCUGCCGAUAAUAAGAUUAGAGAUCCAACUAUGAAAAAUAUCAAGGUUAAGAUAGACCCUGAGAAUAACAUAAUUGAGGUGAUGAAUGAUGGGAAGGGUAUCCCUGUUGAGAUACACCUGAAAGAAAACAUGUAUAUCCCAGAGUUAAUCUUUGGUAAUUUGUUGACGUCAUCCAAUUAUGAUGAUGAUGAAAAGAAGGUCACUGGUGGUAGAAAUGGAUACGGUGCAAAAUUGUGCAAUAUUUUCUCUACAGAAUUCCAACUAGAAACUGCUGAUGCCUCCAAUGAGAAAUCCUACAAACAAGUCUGGUCUGGAAAUAUGUCGAAGGUCAAUAAACCAAGAAUUACAGCUUUAAAAACCAAAAAAGAGUUCACUAGAGUGACCUUUAAACCUGAUUUGUCGAAAUUCGGUAUGGAUACCUUGGAUGAUGAAAUUUUAUCGGUGAUGAGAAGAAGAGUAUAUGAUUUAUGUGGUACGGUAAAGGAUUGCAACAUCUAUCUCAAUGAUAAGAAAUUGAGUAUUAGGAACUUCAAGAGCUAUGUGGAAAUGUAUGUCAAGGCAAUCAAAGAAAGAAAUCCUGAAUCCAGCGAAGAUGAAGAGAAAAAAUUUCAAACCAUUGUCCAUGAAGUAUUCAAUGAAAGUUGGGAAAUAGCCUUUGCUGUCAGUGAUGGCACCUUUAACCAAGUCAGUUUUGUUAAUUCUAUUGCAACCACAUCAGGUGGAACUCACGUCAAAUUCAUUUCAGAUGCAAUCAUCACCAAAUUAGUUGAUUCUAUUAACAAGAAGGAGAAGGGGAAAAAGAAGCUCAUGAUCAGACCACAAGAGGUAAGAAAUAAUAUGUUUUUGUUCAUAAAUUGUUUGAUUGAAAACCCUGCUUUCACCUCUCAAACCAAAGAGCAAUUGACCACCAAAUCGAACCAGUUCCACUCCAAAGCCAGUGACAAAUUGGUUAUUAGUGAUAAUUUCAUUACCAGAAUUUUAAAAACUUCCAUUGUUGAUAAAAUAAAAUCUAUUGCUAAUGCCAACGAAGAUAAAGCAUUACAGAAAGCUGAUGGGUCAAAGAAAUCAAGAGUGAAGGGUCAAGUGAAAUUAGUAGACGCCAACAAAGCUGGUACUAAGGAAGGUCAUAAGUGUACUUUAAUUUUGACCGAAGGUGAUUCCGCUUUGUCUUUAGCGGUUGCGGGUUUGACCGUUAUCGGAAGAGAUUAUUAUGGGUGUUUCCCCUUGAGAGGUAAAUUGUUAAAUGUCAGAGAAGCAUCUACUGAUCAGGUCAGUAAGAAUGUUGAGAUUAACGCCUUGAAACAAAUCAUUGGAUUGCAACACAAGAAGAAAUAUACCCCGGAAAAUGUCCUGCAAUUGAGAUAUGGUCACAUUAUGAUUAUGACAGAUCAGGAUCAAGAUGGAUCACAUAUCAAGGGGUUGAUCAUCAACUUCUUAGAGUCCAGCUUUCCUGGGUUAUUGGAAAUUCCUGGGUUCUUGUUAGAAUUUAUUACACCUAUUGUCAAAGUGACUGUCUCACAAAGAGGCUCUUCGAAAAAGGUUCUUUCUUUCUAUACUAUGCCUGAAUUUGAGAAUUGGAGAGAAACCGAAGGUACAAGAUGUAGAUGGAAACAGAAGUAUUACAAGGGUUUGGGUACAUCUACUGAUGUUGAAGCAAGAGAAUACUUUGCUGCUUUGGAUAAGCACUUGAAGCAAUUCCAUGCUAUCCAAGGGGAAGAUCCAGACUUGAUAGAUUUGGCAUUUUCGAAGAAGAAAGCAGAUGAAAGAAAGAACUGGUUGCAAGAAUUCCAGCCUGGUACUCACUUAGAUCCUGAAUUGAAGAUUAUUCCUAUUUCAGAUUUUAUUAACAAGGAAUUGAUCUUGUUCUCCAUGGCUGAUAAUGUUAGAUCUAUUCCUUCUGUUUUGGAUGGAUUUAAACCCGGUCAAAGGAAGGUUUUAUUUGGGUGUUUCAAGAGAAAUUUGAAGUCCGAAAUCAAAGUGGCUCAAUUGGCAGGUUACGUUUCGGAACAUACUGGAUACCAUCAUGGUGAGCAGUCAUUGAUUCAAACGAUCAUUGGUUUAGCUCAAAACUUUAUCGGAUCAAAUAACUUGAAUUUAUUGAAACCUAAUGGUGCUUUUGGUACAAGAGCUGCUGGUGGUAAAGAUUUUUCUGCAGCUCGUUAUAUUUUCACCGAAAUUAAUGAAAUCACCAGAAAGAUCUUCAAUCCAUUGGAUAAUGGGUUAUUGACUUAUGUUCAAGAAGAUGAACAAACUGUUGAACCAGAGUGGUAUUUACCAAUUAUACCUAUGAUUUUAGUUAAUGGUGCUGAAGGUAUUGGAACUGGUUGGUCGACAAACAUUCCUUGUUAUAAUCCUGAGGAUAUUGUUGCAAAUAUUCGGAAAUUAAUGAAUAAUGAGGAAUUGGAAGAAAUGUUUCCUUGGUAUAGAGGAUGGGAAGGUGAUUUGGAAAUUAUCAGUAAAGAAAAGUUUAAGGUCAGCGGUAGGAUUGAACAAAUCGAUGAUCAAACAUUGGAAAUUACUGAAAUUCCCGUAAAAACUUGGACGAAUAACGUCAAAGAGUUCUUGUUAUCUGGCUUGGGUAAUGAUAAAGUAAAACCAUGGAUCAAGGAUAUGGAAGAACAACAUGGUAUGAAUAUAAGAUUCGUUGUUAAAUUGUCACAAGAGGAGAUGGCCAAGUCUCACCAAGUUGGUUUGUUAGACAGAUUCAAGUUGAUAUCUAGUAUCAAUUUGACCAAUAUGGUUGCGUUUGAUCCUAGAGGUAAGAUCAAGAAAUAUGAAUCAAGUCUUGAAAUUUUGAAGGAUUUCUAUUAUGUCAGAUUAGAAUUCUACCAAAAACGUAAGGACUUUAUGAUUGACGAAUUGAAGAAUCAAUUGGACAAGUUGACAGAACAAGCUAGAUUCAUCAAGUUAAUUAUUGAAAAGGUGAUUUCUGUUUCCAACAAGAAGCGGAAAGAAUUGAUCGAGAUCUUACAGAAACAUAAAUUUAAAAGAUUCAACAAACAAAACAAGGUUGUCAAAACCGAAGAUGAUUCGGAAACAUUGUUUGUUGACGAGGAGGAUAUCGAGGAAGAAGAAAACAAUGCUGAUAUCAGUGAGUUGAAUGUUGGAAAUACCACAGUAAACGAAGAAGAGGAGGAGAACAAACCUGAGAAUAUCUUCCAGCAGUACGACUAUCUAUUGGGUAUGUCAUUAUGGUCUUUGACAAGAGAAAGAUAUGAGAAGUUGUUGAGACAAAGAGAUGACAAGGAACAAGAAUUGAACGACUUAUUAAGGUUGAGCGCCAAAGAUUUAUGGAACAGCGACUUGGAUGAUUUCUUAAGUGCUUGGAGGAAAUACUUAGAGUUAGACCAUGAAGCUAGAGCCAAUAUGGUGCCAAUGAAAGGAACCAAGCGAAAGGCCAGAAGAGUCCAAAAUGGUCCCUUGAAAAAGAAGGUAAAGACCGAGACCCAGUCUGAAUAUGAUUAUAAACAAGACCCUAAGACCAACCCCAAGGUCAAAGUCGUGGUCAAAAAGGAGGAACAAUCAAAGAGUCAGACCAAGUUACCCGAUUUUUUCUCUCCCAGUAACAGCAGCAAAGUGGUGAAAAAAGAGGCACCAAAGGUGGUUAGUUUAUUCAGCGACAGCGAUGACGAUGAGAUUUUCGGAACCAAAGCAGUCUCCACCAGUCAAUCGCCAUUGUCCAAAGCUUCCACCACCACCAAAGUAUACACCAAACCACCCACAUUCUUCAGUAAAGCCAAGUCUCCUGCGGCUAGUUCUUCUACUCCGAAACCCAAGAAAAAGCUCACGAUCCAAGAUGAGCUUGAAGAUUUGGUUGAAGUUGCCCCACCUCCCACCAAAAGAAGGCCCAAAGUGGCUGUUUUCAGCGAUGACGAAGACAGUGAAGACAUGGAAAUUGAAGAUGACGAUGAUGAUGAAGAGAGUGAAGUGAGUGAUGAAUCAUACGACGAAGAUGAAUAAAAGUAGGGUAAGAGCUAAUAUGGGUAAAAUCUCCAAAUAAACGUACUUAUUAUUGCGACAUGAUCAGUAGCCGCUGGACCGAAGCACAAGAGAUCCCCGCCAAAACACAGGCGGAGCUCAGCUGAUAUUCUGUCGCAUGAAGCGAUGCCGCAUUCUUUAUCUCGUAAAUUACGAGCCUUAGUUUCACGCAAAAAAA